AUGAGGCUCCUCCUGGCUGGGAAGAGCAGGGCAGGGAAAAGCACCACCGCGAACACCCUCCUCGGAGAACAGGUGCUCAAGUCCAAGCUUGUGACCGAGCCGGUGACCAUGAGCUGUGUGCAAGCGCAAGGGCGCUGCGACGGCGAGGACAUCACGGUCAUUGACACAGCCGAUAUUUUUGAUCCAAGAGCUGCCGUCAGUGAAGCGUACAAAGAAAUCACUCGUCGCGUCAGGCUGUCCUCCCUGGGCCCCCACGUGCUGCUGCUGGUAACCGAGCUGGGCCGAUUCAUCGAGGAGGACCAGGGGGCCAGACAGAGACUGCAGGACAUUUUGAGAGUCGAUGUUUUGAGGCACACGAUCGUCUUGUUCACCCACAAGGAAGACCUGGUGCGGUUGCUGCACGAUUACCUGCGGUAUUGCGGCAACGGAGCGCUCCAGGACCUGAUCCUGCGGUGCGGGAGCAGGUACUGCGGCUUCAACAGCGGCACCGAACGGGAGCAGCAGGUCGCCAAGCUGAUGGGGGUGGUCUGCCGCGUGGUGCGGGAGAACGGGGGCAAGUGGGACAGCAACCACACGGACCCGGAGCCCACGGAGAGGCAGAAUAGCACGUGGGGAGGUACAAAGCAGAGAGGAAAAUGA